GCUGUGCAAGUGUCUAAUUGACGUGACAAGUCAAGCGUAGUGAAACGGGAAAUAUUGGGGACUUCAAUGUUUAAUAAUAAAACAUUUACGUGAUUAUGGAUAAACAUGAUACAUCUCAAAUCACAGAGUUCCCUCGUUUCGAACCUGAGUCCACCCAAAGUGGUGUCUCGACGUUCUUUAAUAAGUUAUGGAAGUUUCCUAUAUUUUCGCCUAGCGAAUCUGCGGACGGUGGGCAAAACAAAGCUAUGAGUGACGGUAAGACCGCCUCCUCAGCUGAUGACGAUAAGCAGGAGUACGAUGUUGCGAAGGCGGACACUGGUUCAUACGCCGUAGAGCUGGAAGGGAGGAGCUUGCCCAACGUACUGCGAAGAAUAAGCAGUUUGGUCGCUUUAGGCACUGGAAGUGGUACAAAAUACGCUGAUACGGAGUUAGCACGCUACUGGAUGCCGGACGACAUAUCGCGCGAGUGCUACGAGUGUGCUACGCGGUUCAGUACGCUACGACGACGGCACCACUGCCGAGUCUGCGGGCAGAUAUUCUGUUCACGCUGUUGUAGCCAACGAGUACCAGGUCACAUUUUCGGUUGCGCGGGCGGCCUGCGCGUCUGCAACUACUGUUGCAAUGUGGUUCUGAGUUAUUUGAAGGAGAAUGACAUGACGGGAGAGAUCCCGCCAGACCUCAGGACACUACAGGAGAACUUACAAGUAAAGUUCCCUGAAAACAGGGGGCAGCAGGGCAGCAAGUUGCGCGACAACUUCAUGUUCGCGCGCGAGCAGGAGGAGCGCGGCGAGGCGCGCGGAUCCCACAAGGAGGCGCUGCACGACGUGUUCCGCCAGCUCGCAUACACGCUGCCCACACAGCAACACAGGUAUCGUCUGGUACGAUAUAACGGCGUGUGGCGCGGUUGCGAUAUCCUACAGUGGGUUAUGGACAACACGAACAACAAAACCAGGGCCCAAGCGACAUCUAUCUGUCAGAGCUUGUUAAGUGCGGGCUACAUGGAGUGCAUGACCGAGUUGCCGCAGUUCGCCGACUACGCCCUCUACAAGCCGAUAGUCAUACCCCCCAUAACUGCGGAGGAGGAAGACUCGCCUCAAGAGUGCAAAAGGAUGGUAGAAAGCGUCUCAUCGUACUGCCUAGAUUUGAACCUAGGUGAAAACUCAGCAAGGCUCAUCAAAACACCGAAACCAGAAACCAAAUCAGUUUCGAGUGAAGAAGAGGCACCGGUCAUUGAACAAAAUGAAGAGCCCCUUGUGGCGUGUGGGCGCGCGCUGCGCGUGUCGGGCGAGGAGCACCUGCGGCUGCUGCUGCGGCAGUGCCUGGCGCGGCGCGGCCUGCCCGCCGCCUGGCUGGACGUGCUGCUGCCGCUCUGCAGACACGCCGCCGACACCAUCCUACUUGACGUGAAUACCAACGACAUAGACGUCCGCAACUACGUCCAGGUGAAGAAAGUCCCGGGCGGUGUCAUUCGAGACAGCUGCGUCAUUCAGGGAGUCGUCCUUACCAAGAAUGUGGCCCACAGGGGCAUGCCGCAACAGAUAUCGAACCCCACAGUAUUACUUCUAGACUGUUCUAUUGCUUACCAGCGAGUGGAAGGCAAGCUAACGUCCUUGGAACCCGUGUUAAUGCAAGAGCAAGAGUACCUGGUGCGGUGCGCGGCCCGCAUCAGCGCGCUGUCGCCGCGCGUGGUGCUGGUGCGCGGCGGCGCGGCGCGCGGCGUGCAGGACGCGCUGCGGGCGGCGCGCGUGGCGCUGGCCACGCACGUGCGGCCGCGCGCGCUGCGCCGCGCCGCGCGCUGCCUGCGCGCCGACGCGCUCGCCUCCAUCGACGCGCGCGUCGGCACGCCCCGCCUCGGGACCUGCAACAACUUCUACGUCAACAACUGUGAGUUCAUACUAUAG